AUAAAAAUAAGUGGUCCUUUAAAAUUUUUAAAAAAUAAGUGUUUCAAAAUAAUUUAUACAAUUUAAGUGUUCCAUUAAAAUUUUUACAAAUAAAUUGUUCAUAAAAAUUUAUACAAUUUAGAUUUUAGGGUUUAUUUAGGGAUUCAACCCUAUUGUAACAAAUUUAUACCCUAUCAUCAUAUAGGGAUUCAAAUUUAGGGAUUCAACCCUAUUGUAACAAAUUUAUACAAUUUAGAUGAAACAAAUUUAGAUUUUAGGGUUUAUUUAGGGAUUCAACCCUAUAUAACACAUAAGGAUUCAACCCUAUCAUCAUCUAUUCUCCAUAUAGAGAAAUCAUUUUAUACUUAUUUCAAACAUAUAAUAUUUUUGUUAAAAAAAAUUAAUAAUAAAAUUUAUUAAAAUUUAAAUUUUGUUUAUAACAUAAUUUCCCAUCAUUUUCAUGCAUUUUUCGUAAUUUAAAAAUAAAUUAAUAUAGAAUUGUACAUAAACCAAUAAGAAGGAAUGGUGGGGAUAGAUGACGUGCCUUCAUAGAAGCCGUAGGAUCUGAUUUUUUAAUCUUUCAAUCUCCGUCUUUCCAUCGGAGAUCUGUUCAUUCUCCUUCUGCGAUUACUCAAAUCUAGGUUUAGUUCCUUUUGCUGACGCCUCCUUUUCGAAAAUCGAAGGUUUCAGUCGAUUUCCCUCGAAGUUAUAUUGUUCUGAUAUGGAAAAAGCAUGGGUUUGGCUUCCAAGGGCUAGCCUCGAAUAUUUCGAAGGAGCAACAGGCUUUGUUACUGCAUCAGCGAGGAGGUUAGGAGAUCCGACAGAAAUAUUAUGUCCCUGUACUCACUGCAGAAACCUUUCCCAUCAAGUUUUAGACAAAGUAACGGAGCAUCUUGUGAUUAGGGGUAUGGAUAAGAAGUAUAUGAGGAGUUCUUGUUGGAGUCUUCAUGGUGAGAGAAGGUCUGAUAUGAAUGAUAGUGUCCCUCAAUCAGAAACAGAGGCUUAUGGUUUGCUAAGGACGGCUUAUUUUGAUAGUGGUGAACCUGAUGAACCGCCUUCUGAUGACACUGGAGGAGAGCCUGUACAUGGUGAACCUGAUGAAGACUCGGAGUUUAGGAAGAAGUUGAGAGAUGCUGAAACUCCAUUGUACUUGACAUGUAGCAAGCACACCAAAGUUUCUGCGAUCAUGGCCCUUUACCGCAUCAAAGUAAAGAGUGGAAUGUCAGAGGCUUACUUUGAUCAGCUACUGUCGGCAUUACAUGACAUGCUACCAGAAGGUAAUGUACUACCAAAGUCGACUGAUUCGAUUAAGAAGUUCUUGAAGAUUUUUGGGUUUGGCUACGAAAUGAUUCAUGCGUGCAAGAACGAUUGUAUUCUCUAUAGGAAGCAAUAUGAGGAGUUGGAAACCUGCCCAAGAUGUAGUGCUUCUAGAUGGGAAAUUGAUAAGCACAGUAAUGAAGAAAAGAAAGGAAUUCCUGCAAAGGUCCUACGGUAUUUUCCGAUCAAAGACAGAUUCAAGAGGAUGUUUAGAUCAGCAAGGAUGGCUGAGGAUUUGCGAUGGCAUGCCAACAAUGCCACUGAAGAUGGUAUAAUGCGACAUCCUGUUGACUCGUUAUCUUGGGCUCAAGUGAAUAAUAAGUGGCCAGAGUUUGCUAGUGAAGCAAGAAACCUUCGACUCGGCCUGUCAACAGAUGGUAUGAACCCUUUCUCUAUCCAGAACACAAAGUAUAGUACUUGGCCAGUGUUGUUAGUCAAUUACAACUUGCCACCAACUCUGUGUAUGAAGGCUGAGAACGUCAUGUUGACUAUGUUGAUCCCUGGACCGACGGCUCCGAGCAACAACAUUGAUGUUUAUCUAGAGCCACUGGUUGAAGACUUACAAGAAUUGUGGAGUGAGGGGAUUCAGGUAUACGACUCAUUCCUGAAAGAGAAGUUCACACUAAAAGCUAUGUUGUUGUGGACUAUAAGCGACUACCCGGCUCUAGGUAGUUUGGCAGGUUGUAAAGUUAAAGGGAAACAAGCAUGCAAUGUUUGUGGAAAGGAUACACCAAAUAGGUGGCUCAAGUUUAGUCGCAAGUAUGUGUAUUUGGGGAAUAGGAAGCGACUAAGCCCUGGACAUCACUACAGACGCAGGAAAGGAUGGUUUGAUAAUACAGUGGAGAAGGGGACUGCAAACAGGAUUCAAACCGGUGCAGAAAUAUUUGCAACACUAAAGAACUUCAGGAAUGACUUUGGAAGAUCUUUAGCAAAGAAAAAAAAAAGGAAGAGAAAUGUUGUCUCAGAAGAUGAGGUGGCUGAAGACGAAGAAAAUGAUGAAACGAGUGAUCAAUGGAGGUGGAAGAAACGAUCAAUAUUCUUCGAUUUACCGUACUGGAAGGAUUUGCCGGUGCGUCACAACAUCGACGUCAUGCACGUGGAAAAGAACUUGUCUGAUGCAUUAUUAUCAACGCUGAUGCAGAGUAAAGAAUUUUGCUAG